UGAGCGGGGACGGCUCCUUCCCCACAGCCGCUUUACCCGCCUCUGCCAGGCCGCGCAGCGUUUCCCCCGCCGAGGGCUGGGGCCGUGUCUUCCUCCGCCGCGGCGGGUGGGUGCUGGGCCCGCCCUCAGCGCCGUCCGCCUGCGGCGGUGGCUGCUCGCACUCCGCUCCCGCCCCGCUCCUGAGGCGCCCCGCGCCUUCCCGCCGUGCCCGCGCUCAGGGCACAGCCCACCUUCCCCCCUGUGCCCCGUCUGCUGUGGGAAACCCAGUCUCUGUCCCCCUUGCCUGUGCCACACCUGAAGCCUGGGCAAGCCCGAGGAGAACUUGAAGUGGUAGCUUAAGCGUAAAUAGCGACUGCUGUUGUUGGAGUUUCUCUUCUUCCAGAGCAACUCAGUGGCACCUGAUGGCUGAGACCCUGAAUUCACAGGUUAUUCAAGUACUUGCAGGGUCCUGUGGUGGGAGGCGUACGCCAAAAAAAGCGAUGAUCUGGUAAUUUAAAUGGUUCUCUAGCAUGGACACUGUUGCUAGCCAUAGUUGUCAUCUUCUCCAGCAGCUACAUGAACAGCGCAUUCAGGGUCUUCUCUGUGACUGUAUGCUGGUGGUAAAAGGUGUCUGCUUCAAAGCACACAAAAAUGUAUUAGCUGCUUUCAGUCAAUAUUUCAGGACCCUUUUCCAGAAUUCUUCAGGCCAGAAGAAUGACGUCUUUCAUUUGGACAUUAAAAAUGUAGGUGGCAUAGGCCAGAUCUUGGACUUCAUGUACACUUCUCACCUGGAUCUUAGCCAGGACAAUGUACAAGCUAUGUUGGAUAUCGCACAGUGUCUCCAGGUGCAAAAUGUGCUCAACAUUUGCCACACCUUUUUAAAAUCUUCUACAGCUGUAGAGCAAACAGCCAGCAUGCCUUGCAAUGGUGUCUUUUCGCUGCAGAAUACCUUAACUGCAGAUACUAGCUGCACUAAUGACAGUUAUGGAACAAACCUAUUGCAUGAAUGCUCAUCUGACACACAAGCUAGUAAAGUCCUGGCUGAGCACCAUUCUCAUGCAUCGCAGUCUGUUAACCUGCACGCACCCUCGGGUGAUGUACAGAAGCAACCACAAGACUCCUUAGAUGGCAACUGCACAGAGCUUCCAUUUAAACAACCAAAUUACUAUUAUAAACUACGCAACUUUUACAGUAAACAGUUCUAUAAGCAAAAUAUUUGCUCUAAUCAUGAGAGGGAAGCAGAACAAUCCUUCUCUUACAACACACCUACAGAAAUAAACACAGUAGAGAAUAAUCCUUGUACUGUCAAUCCUUCCGAAUGUAUUCUGGAAACCUCUGAUCACUUACCAUCGAACUUUCUGGUUCAGUCUGUGAAUGAAGCUGCUCCAGACCAAGAUGCAGAAAGCACUCUUGUGCAGUCUACCAAACAGAUGAGGCUGAAAAAGGCAAUACACCUCAAAAAAUUAAAUUUUCUAAGAUCUCAGAAAUCUGCAGAGCAGCCAGCUGAGCCUAAAAGAGAUGACAGCAGAGUCAGAGGAGUAAUUGAGUCUGUAAAUGAAAGCACCGUGGACAUGACAAAUGUUACAGUUACUGAUGAAAAAGAAGCUGAAGAUUUAGCAAAUUCAGAGAAAUUUGAACAAACUGUUGAAACUGAAAGAUCUCAAGGUCCUUUGGAACAAGAAGGGCAAUCACAGACCCUUCAGUCACAGAGGCAAUAUACUUGUGAAUUAUGUGGGAAGGCUUUCAAACAUCCAAGCAAUCUGGAGCUCCAUAAAAGGUCUCAUACAGGUGAGAAACCUUUUGAAUGUAACAUUUGUGGGAAACACUUCUCACAGGCAGGUAAUCUCCAGACACAUUUACGUCGGCAUUCUGGUGAAAAGCCAUACAUUUGUGAAAUCUGUGGGAAAAGAUUUGCUGCUUCUGGUGAUGUUCAGCGUCAUAUCAUCAUUCAUUCUGGAGAAAAGCCUCAUCUGUGUGACAUCUGUGGCAGAGGAUUCAGUAACUUCAGUAAUUUAAAGGAGCACAAAAAGACCCAUACAGCAGAUAAAGUGUUCACCUGUGAUGAAUGUGGCAAGUCGUUCAACAUGCAACGAAAAUUAGUAAAGCACAGAAUUAGACAUACUGGAGAGAGACCGUACAGCUGUUCAGCAUGUGGGAAAUGUUUUGCAGGCUCUGGUGACCUGCGUAGACAUGUGAGGACUCAUACAGGAGAAAAACCCUACACCUGUGAAACUUGUAACAAAUGCUUCACUCGCUCUGCGGUUCUGCGGCGGCACAAGAAAAUGCAUUGUAAAGCCACUGAUGAAGGUCCAAACACCUUGGAUGAAUUUACUCAAGGAAUUGAAACUUCUGACCUUGACAAAUCUCAGAGUUCUGACUCUUUUGGCCAAGAAAUGUCUGUUAGAUUGUUACCAGUGUCUGUUAAGUUUCCCAUUCGUCCAGCUACAGAUACAACUGAUUUUGAUAGUUCUGCGGAUUCUUACUGUAAGUUGCGCUCAAUGGUUCAACACCAUGACUCAGCAAACCAGCAGAAGCUGAAUGUGGACUCUGCUAAACUCCCAAAAGCUCAGACACAGCCAACUCCUCCACCACCACCAUAUGCUUAUGCAGAUGUAGAUGUAGCUUCUGCUGAAGAACCUUUACAGUCUGAUAAUGUUCCCAUGAUACGUUCCGCCAUGGUUAGCUUGGAGAGUCAUUGUAAUGAUCCGCUGGACAGUCGAACAUCAUCUGCUGCAUACAAAAAUAAUGAAGGACCAUUCUUUUCCAGCAUGACCCUCUGGGGUUUAGCUAUGAAGACCUUGCAGAAUGAAAGUGAAUUGGAACAAUGAGGGCUCAGGUGACUUUAUUAAAACUUCUUAGAGGUAUUUCACGCUGAAAUGAUUGCAGUUGCACUGCAGCAUAGAGACAUCAGAGCUAGUUUUUAAAAUCCAACUAGCUCACAUACUCGUAGAAAUCGCAGAAUCACAGAAUGGUAGAGGUUGGAAGGGACCUUUAGAGAUCAUCUAGUCCAACCCUCCUACUAAAGCAGGUCCACCUAGAUCAGGUUGCACAGAAACGUGUCCAGGUAGGUUUUGAAAACCUCCAGAGAAGGAGACUCCAUAACCUCUUUGGACAGCCCGUACAAGGGCUCCAUCACCCUUACAGUAAAUAGCUUUUCCUUAUGUUUAAGUGGAACCUUUUGUGUUCCAGCUUUUGUCCAUUACCCCUUGUCCUGUCACUUGAGACAACAGAAAAAGUGCCACCCCAUCCUCUUAACUUUUUGUUAAUGAGUAAGUAUUGCAUCAAGAUAGGCGUGCCUGAAACCCAGCAUAGGCUGCCUUUACAUUGCUUCUCAGCAAAGUUCAAAUCUAGUUCUGAGGACCUAUGUUGUUCUGUGACUGCUCAGAUGUUUCCAGGAUUUACUAAAACUUACCAUUUACUAAAUCUACCAUUUAGAUUGAUAGUUCUUACCUGAUAAUGGAGAAGAAGAUGGCCCGGUGUCUAAUUUCACGAUAUGGGUGCAAUUCAAGUAUGAGUUGUGUAAGGGUGUAGAUACGAAAAGAAGAAAAUACUUAACAAAUCCCGAGUGAACCUGAGUUUCAGUAGUGGCUUUCUUACCAGUAGGAGCAUUGGUUUACAUGACUGGAGUAUUGUGAUAUUAAAUUUAAAUGUUAAAUACUGAACAAUAUUUGUGAUAGUGCAAAGUAACUGUAUAUCUAGAAACUUUAUUUUUUUACAAUAAAAAGAUUUUUUCAGUAUUUUCUAAACUAUUUUGCACAGCAGAUUAUUUGC